CCACCACUCCCCACUCCUCCCUCUUCAAGAUCUCCUGAAGACGUCCCGUCUUUGAGUUAUUUCUCUUUUACCUGACCUCUUCGUUGCCUGUGGGGUUCUUGCCUGCCAAUUCCUACCCCAUUGCUGCCCCCCACCAGACGCCCCACUGCCUGCAGCCCAUCCCACUUUGUUCUCUUCUCCAACUCUCCCCCUCCAUCGAAACUCGAUCACACUUCAGCUCCCCGCCAUCUCCCGAGGAUGGUCUCUACCCGGUGGAAUUAGGUCAUGGGUAGAUGCAGUCUAGAUCCAUCUAGCUGUCUCCUACCCAUCGUUACACUGCGUUUCUUGACCAGACCGUUCUUGUCCUCCCUGCACUUCCGAGUACCUCUUUAACGGCGGGCCUUGCACCCCCCGGGCGGCUUUCACCAUGUUGGGCCGACUGCUCAGCACCGCUGCCUCGAGCCUCAAUCCGGCGGCAUACUCCUCACGAAAUCAUGGAACUCCUCUCGAAUCGGUGACCGAGGAGGAACACACCUCAGGUCUUCUCUUCCCCGACGCCAGCCUCCUCCGCCGUUCCAACAUCCAUACCUAUCCAUUGCAGACUACCUUCCAUUCCCCCAAUGCUUCCACAGCCGGAGCUUAUGAUGACCGUGGGGGUUUAGAGCUGGACGCCAUCAAAGACUUCCGGGUAAUUGUGGCUCAGAAUGCUCUCGGUGACCGUGAUGCGUGCGUCCUGCUGGACACACGUGCCUCUGCCGACCAGCCCCCCACCGGCCUUGGUAUCGACGCACAAGGCCUUGAUCAGCCCGGUUCACGCCAUUCACGCACAGUAUCUAGCCUCACUCGUGGUUCCCGUCGAACCUUCCUCGCCCAAUCCUCCGUCGUCGAAUCUAGCCCGAUCUCCACAGCUGCCGAUGCACGGCGCUCAACACCUGCAAGCGCCGGCGCUUUCUCGCGAGCUCGAGGCCGCAGCUCUACACUGACACCAGCAGGAACGUGGCAUGAACCUGGAGUCACUCGUCAUGGUUCUGAUUCCAACGAUACUGGCCUGCUCAACUGCAUCUUCGGCAGUAGUGCUUUCAGCUACCGUGGAUCCUCGACCAAAAUGCACAUCAUAUCAGCUGAUGACGAGCCGGGAAUGGUGACAAGCUCUUCUCCUGCUGUUCGAAGUCCACUGGCACGUGCAUACACUACUGGGAGCCCUUCGGGGCUAAUGGGCCCUCCACGAGUGCAGGAGGGCAAGCCACCUGCAAAGGUCACAGUCCUUGUGACUCGCAUGUUCAGUGUCAACCUCCCAGAAGGAGCCGAAGCGUCUGCUGAACGCAACGAUUACGCCAAUGCCAUCUACCAGGAGUCUCUUCCUGAGAUGGGCUUCCCUUUCCCAGACGUAUCGAAGCGAAAGAAGAUCAAGGAGAAGAAGACUCCAAUGUAUGCGGUUGCCAUUACGAUUCAAAUACCUUUGCUGGCCCGAAAUUCCGGACGACCCGUAUCCCGCUUCAGCACCCUUGGUCCUGAUUCGCCCAGAGUCGGCCUGUCGAGCUCUCUGGACUCGGAUUAUCGCUGGCCUGGCGCCUUUCUUGACGACAGCUUGUCCGCGGCUUCUCCCCCAGCCAGCUUGGACGAGCGGCUAGACCUCCUGGUCGAUCACUGGGAUGUCAUCACCCGUACCUUGUCACAUCUGGAGAGGCUUGCCCGCAAUGAGAUUCUUUUCCUCCUUAAGAAGGUGGAUUCUCUCUCUGGGGCCCACCCGAAGCCCGCCAAACCCCCGAACAUGCAGAGGACGAAUCAAACCAUUGUUCAUCUGCCCGCUAAUAUACUAUCCGUGAACUCCAAGCUCAAGGAGGAGGCAGUCCGCAGUUCUCGUCGAAUCAGUUUGGCUCUUCAAACCCCAUACGUUCUAACUGGUCAAAGCCGAUGGGGAGUGUGGCGAGAGGAAGGACGUUCUAUUGUCCGUGGCCUGGGCGACAAGGAUUCGAAUUUCUUUUUCCUUGUACUACUAACUGCGUUCUUGGGUAACCACACAGAGUGGCUCAAUGUCCUUGGACCAGAAUGGUACCGCCGACGUCACAGUCAGCAGCAAAAGGCUCAACAAGAUAGUGAACCCAUCUUGACCCGCCGCACUGUCAUCGUCUGUCAAGAUAAGAUGACUGCCCGUCGCCUGAUUUUCCUACUUUCCGCAUUCCUUCCAUCCAAACAGCGCCUAGAGCCUCUACCGUCACCAAUGCGACCCGGUACAUCGGCAUCAAUGCGUGCCAUCUCCCAGAGCCCACCGGCCGUGCCGGUCCUUCGCCAAGAGUCACUUCGCAGAGCUAUUGAACGACGUGCCCGUGCUCAACGGCUGAUGUCGGGGGAGAGCGAUCACCACAGACGCUCCGUCAGCAUGUCGUCCCAAGACACCGCUCAGCGUCCGGAUGUGCUUGACCAAGCUACUCCUGUACCACCUACCUCCGCGGCUCGCAGAGGGUCGGAUGCUCGUUCAAUCAAGACCCUGAGUGCCACUAUUCAACCGAAGGACAUUCGGGCACAGAACACGAGUGGUGCCACGACGUCGAUGACCACACAAAGUAGUACGGUUCCUGUACCGCAUUUCACCUCUCAGCAAACCCGUUCCAGCCAGGGAGGAUCUGACCGUAGUGCGGCAGAUACCAAUGAGAGCCUGGCGUCGGAGACCUUGCUGAAGAGCCUGCAACGAAGUGACAGCUCAGUGUUGACCGGAAAUGGCAGCCUUCCUUCUGGUGGAGGACUAUGGGGUGGUAUCUUCUCUGGACUCUGGAGCUCCCGACAGGAGUCGUCCACUGAUGGGACUGAUUACUUCUCCCCAGCCGAUGCCCGCAAACGAUCUGUUUCGACCAUCGCCGGCCCGCCCCCUCGAGCUCCGCCCACUCUAUCCCAGAUGGUGAAAGAGGUCGCGGAGACGGAAGCAGAACAUCGCUCGGAGGCUGUGCAAAGUGGGAAUAUCUCUAUUCCAGCCACUACCAAUAGCGCCGAGGACGAUUCUCCCGAGCCAUCCUCGUUCACGAGUCAGGUCCGCGAGUCUCCCUUGAAACUUUCCGUCCGUGCGGAUGAGGGCGUUGUCGACGUUGAUCUCCCUCUCCCUGGUUUCCUGUCUCUUUCCUCAUCUGGAGACUCCACAAUUGCCUCUCCCAGGAAGACUCGAGCGUCGGUCACGAGCAUGGAUGCUAUGGCUUCUACCCAUAGCAGUGGUUCUGGAUUCCACAGUUCCACGAAGGAAGCUGACGGCCCCAGCACCCAUGUUGCUGGUUGGCUCAAGCUUUUCCAUGAAGAUUUCUCGCUUCAAGCGGUCCGACCGUAUGCCGCCGUCGAGGCCGACAUCAGACGAGCUAUGCGGGCGGAGCCCACCCCAUACGUUCCGAUGACGCCUGACGCCGAAGGCACGGAGCGGUGGGUGGACGUGGCGACAACGUUGAUCGCCGAUACCCGGACUUCGACGGUCAAGCGUCUCCGCUUGAGGCGAAAGAUCAUCGUGGGGGAUCCCUAUGGGCAGAGUCAUACGCCCCCUUCGCCUGUCAACGCUGUGUACUCGAGCUCUCGCACUCCUGGAGGAGGCGCAAGCUCCGCCUCUCCCUUCACCAGUUUCUUCACUGGGCAGGGCAGGUCUCCCGAUGUCAGCUUCUCCGAGACACAGGACCCAGGCCAUGUCGAGGAGAAGUUCAUCGAGGAGCCUGUCAUGGACCUUGAUGGGAUACUAGUGGAUGCCGUGGAGAGGGUGCUCGGGCACAGUGGCCAUUCCUCGCUCGCGCAUUCCCGCGCACCGUCUCCCUCGCGCGCUCGGCGUGGCGAAGACAAAGGCCAGAUAACUCCUCGGGGGGAAGAUACCCCACCAGCUGAGGUCCCUCGAUCAGAGUGCCAAAAGAUGGUGCUUGGGGCCCUCGAGGAGGUUGUCCGGUCUGUCACCGCCGAGCACUGUCGCGAGGACGUAGACGGUGGGCUGGGGAUUGCCGACCGAGAGCGGCGAAGGGCUUUGGCCGGCGCAGACAACACCCUGCGCCAAGGGAUUCGUCGAUGGCUGCUGGAGCUAGAGGACUGCUGGUGAUCUCGCAUCGAGAUCUCAGUAGUGGCGUCUUUUUUCUCCGUCUCUGCUUUCUUGUGAGAGUUGAUUCGAUCAGAGUGGACUCACAUACCUCCUUAUGUGUUUCGCUCAACUUUCUUUCAUUUUGCAUAUGCAUUUUUUGUUUGAUUAUGAUACCCAUCGUUUUGUUGAGGCUUAGCUAUGCCUCACUUGUUUCUUCAAGGGUUCGCCUUUGAUGUUUUAAUAAUUCCAUUUGCAGUUUGUAUCUCAUAAGCGGUCUAAUCCUCUAUGCUAAAUUCCCAGUUCAUACAUGUAAACACA